AUGACGAUCAUGAUGCGCUUCCCAGGCCAGCGAUGAAUUGCCAGGAAGAAUGAACAACGACAGUGACAGCAUUUCCGCCUGCAGCUUGUGGUUAGCGAGAUCCCGUGCCAUCGCAUGCACCUCUCGAUCAUCAACGGCGUCUCUUUCUCCACGCCUCAACUCGACGACCAUAUCAGAUCUGCUCCUGCAAAAUCAAACGUCUUAAACAUCUUGUCAAAUAUUCGAGCCCAAGAACAAAAUCAAAAUGCGGUUUCUGUGCUUACAUGGCGCCGGCACCAGCGGGGAAAUCUUUGAGAUCCAAUCUGGAGGACUAAGCCACACUCUCAGCGACAAGGGCCAUCACUUCGAAUACAUUGAUGGACGGGUCCCAGCGCCCGUAGAGCCGGAACUCGCGGGAAUCUGCGAGGGCCCGUUCUACAACCACUACUCGCGCGACGGGCCCCCGGGCCCUGGGCUCAGCCAAGCCAUCGCCCAUGUCAUGCAGAUCAUCGAGAAGAAAGGGCCGUUUGACGCGGUGAUGGGGUUCUCGCAGGGUGCGGCGCUCGCGUUCUCGCUGCUCGUCGAACACGCCAAAACCCACUCGACGCCGCUGUUCAAGGCCGCCGUGUUUAUCUGCGGGGCGCCGCCGUUCGAAAGCUCCGGGCAGGAGGCCAUCAAGUUGCAGCCCGGGGAAAAGUAUCCGCUGAGCAUCCCGACGACGAGUAUCGUGGGGAAGCAGGAUUAUUUGUACGAGUCGAGUAUGCUGCUGUAUAGCCUGUGUGAUCCGGCCAAGGCGGAGUUUUAUGAUCAUGGCUCGAGGCAUUUGAUUCCGUUUGAUAUGAAGAAUACGAAUGCGAUGCUUGCGGCGAUUGAGAGGACGAUUGAAAGGGCGGAGAGGGGGGAGUAG